AUGGCUUAUGAUGCCAUUCCCCUCCUCGCCCACUCAGAGCACACCAAGCUGAAGCAGCCGAUUGUGUUUAAGACAGGGUCCUUGGUGAGCAGGACAAUCGUCAUUCUGUCUGCCGUCCGUGUCCCCCUGCUCUCCUCGGCCCCUGUUUUCGGUUCUAACGCUGUUCCACGGCUUCUGGGCUUCUCGGCGAACUUCGCCCGCAUGGUGCAUCCCGUGGCUGGUGCGAUCAGACAAGCUGAUAUGACUGACAAGACUGAUGGGAUAGGUCGCACAGCGACCGAAGAAGCCGAGGAAAGAGAGGGAGAGCGAGAGCCAGAGGGUGAAGUCGCACAGUGGUUCCUCUACGCCAUCCCGACUUUCCCGACUUUCACAGGCGUCCGAUCAGGGUCGGACCUGCCAGGCCUAGACAUUCCCAACGACAAGCUGCGGGGUCUUACAUUUCCCCUCUCCCAACAAGCUCUCACGAGCUCACUAGGAUCGAUCUGGGACAGUCUCUCGGGCAGAUUCUCCGACGAAUGUCAAGGCCUGCGCGGAAAGCCAUCUCCAUAG